GAGAAAAGAUCAUAUUAUCCACGCUUGAAAUUCGUGGACCGAUCGUAUAUAUAUCAUAUAUAUUACCGUUGCAGUAUAUGUCGCGAAAGUCGUAUCGAAUGUUAUCAAACAUCAUGGAAUAUUAUAGAACAGAUCGCGACGAUACAAUCAGAGAGCUAUUCCAUAUUUUUUUAACGGUUUGGUCGGUUUAACGGUUCGUCGAAAUGAAUCUUCAAUAUCAAUAUUAGGAGAGUUGAAAAAAUAGAUAUAUUAUACAUAUUGAAAGUAAAUAUGUUAUAGUAAUGAAUAUUUUCUAUCGAGACAUGCGCGUCGAAAAAUUUUGUCGAUAACGGACAUUUCGCUCGUCAGUAGUAGUCGGUAUCGGAACGAAACAGUCGUUCGUCUCAUCGAAUUUCGAAGCUUAUUUUCGCAACAACGCGCUCAGAAUUUCGAUCCGACGCGCGAAAUUGCAUUGCCGUGAGUUUUCGUUGUCGGAAUAAUCCGAAAAGAUGAGUUUCAAUCGUUCGUUAAAAUCUGACGAAACAGUCGCGGAAUUAUCAUCAUAGAGAAGUGCAUCGGAGAUUACUCCGGCGAUGCAUCGUGCGAGGACGCCACAUUGGACGAUGUCGAUAGCUGCUUUCAUCCUCAAUAGUUGCGCUUGCUGGCGUCAGAGCGCAGCCAAGUCGCAGCGACUGUAAUUACGGUUCGCGGUUUGAACGAUAUACGCUUCCGUAGCUACGCGCAGUUCUGUUAAUGGCACCGCGCGUUCACUCGGGAACGAUCACGAGCGGUUUAACACGGCGCUUUGUUUUCGUCAGCUGGGUGCGAUCGCGCGCGAGCACCCGCGCGAAAACGACGGAGAAGAGCGCGGAGAAAGACAAAUCUCGUGCUGACGACGCCGCGCCGUGGCGAAGAGCGCGCGCGCGCGCGUGCGUGUGUGCUCGGCACGCGAAAAGUGAGGUUAUGUAAUUGUUUGUAGUGCGGCGAUCGCUGGCGCGGCGCGUUCGAUGCCAACGCUCGAUGACAUGUGAUUCACCACCGCGACGGUCGACGGGCGGCUCGGGUCGAGUGUGGUGUGUGCCAGUGGAUGAGCAUCGCCGCACGACGUAUAUGACGGGGCCACGCGCGGUAUUCCUCACAUAUACACACUCUCUCUCUCUCUCUCCCCCUCUCUCUGUUCGGGAACCGUGCGUGCGUACGCGGCGUCCUGUGCGGUGUUGUGAAAUUCGUAUGAACAAAUUCGACGUCGCGGAGUAACUGUGCCCGAGUGAGUUGCGCCGAGACGGUGUCCAUGACAAGUAAACGUGAUCACGCAGCAUCCUUCGAAUCGUCCGACACGGGGUCUUUGAGAGUACGUUGGGACAGUGUGUUUGGAGCGCGAAGAGAAAACGGCGAGAGAGAGAGAGAGAGAGAGAGAGAGAGAAAGGGGUAAGGACUCGUGAAGAAGGCACGCGCGCACAAGCCGAAGGCCACGGGAAAGAGAGAGAAACGGACAUACAGACACGUUCUCGCGCGAUCAUUUCUCGCGCGCGCGUCAAACUUGAAACGGCUGCGGCGAGUGCGCGUAGAGACUCCGGCUGAACACUGGAAUCACUCUUUCGUCUCCCUCUCCCUGCUACUGUCCCCUUCAUGCCCUCUCGCUCUUGCUCCGGUCCUCUCUCCUUCGCUCGCGCGCACUCCUCCUCCUCCUCCUCCUCCUCCACUUGCCCGGUCCCUUCUCUCCGUCGUUCUUCCUUCGCCACCGAGCGCUUCCCUCUCGUUCCGUCCGUCGGUUGUCAUCUCACUCCCGCGCACCGGUGCCGUUUGACGACCUCUCGCUCCCACCCGCUCUCUUUUCUUCUCUUUCUCCACAAGCGGACAAGCGGCAGCACGCUGCCCUCGCUCAACUACCUGUUGUGACGUCCAAUGCGCUCCACGCACCGGGCAAAUCCGCUGUAGAUAUUUAGCGUCGUGUGCCGCUGUGUUUUCUCAGUGCGUUCCCUACGACUGAUCAUCGAAGAUCUCGCUACUACUCGCCGACUCGUUAUCAGGCGCUCUCUCUCUCUCUCUCUCUCGCGCGCGCGGCGAGAGACGCGUGCCGUUUUCACGAGCGUGAUUAUCGACGCGCCGCGACGACGGCGGCGGCAGUUACCACGUCGCGCGGAAGGAGGUCCUACGAUUGUGAAGCCGCGAAAGGCUUGUGUCGCGCGAGCACUCCCUCUCUCGCACCAACGUCUACGUCUUCGACGAGAGCAACGGGUGAGCAAGCGAGAGGGAGAGACGGAGAAAGAGAGAGAAAGCGUGUGUGUUUAUGUGUGAGUGCGCUACGUCGGCGAGGCGAAGAGAGAGAGAGAGAGAGGAGAGAGAGAGAGAGAGAGAGAGAGGGAGGGAGGGAGAGAAGAGCGAGCGAGAGAAAGGACUCGAGCCAGGCGCUCUUAUCGAGAACUUAGUCGCGCGCGGUGAACCUUCCGUCCCACCGUCGUCUCGUCGAAUCUCCCGUUGCGCGCGCGUUGCUCGAGAGUGACAGUUGCGAACCCGUGACCCGAAAGGCGACCGAUAUAUUUCGUCGCGUUGGAGUUGGAUCUGCUGGCGCGCGCGCGCGCGCGUCGUCGGCAUCGGACUUUGAAGUUGACGUCGAUGAUCAUCAUCGCGCGGCGUUACUCGCGCCCCGCGAGUCCCAGAGAACGUCCCAGAUUCGCCGGUGUGAGGACGGAACGCGCGGCGCCGUUCGCAUUCUAAAUUGAUCGCGAUCUCGUGCAAACGCUCGAGCACCCGCUCGUCGAGAACUGUCAAGACUCGUCGCGCGAUAAUCGCGCGCGGGCUUCCGAAAUCGCGUACCCACCCCGGGGUGGGGUGGGGGGGAGGGAGAAGAGCGCGAAGGAGAAAGGGACGGGGCCGGGAUUUCGCGUACCGGCUCGCGCGCGUGUUCCCUCCUGCGUGCGCGACGCGUGCUGCAUCGCGGCGCAGUCACGUGUACCGGGAACAAAAGGCGGAUCGCGCCGCCGUGGCGCGUCCAUUGACGACGUACUCUACCGCGUCGAUGGCAUCGCGUUACGUAGCGGAAGCUCGUCGUUCGCGUGCACCGCUCGUCGUCGCGUGUGCGAUUCCGCCGCCGUGGUCUUUUUCUCUCGUGACGCGCGAUCAGUGGCCGGAGUGGCACGUCUCUAACUUCGCGUCGCGAUAAGUGCCGCGUCGUCCGUGACUUCCUAGUGCAGUCCGCGCGAAACUGCAGACGGAGGUGGACAGAGAGAGACAGAGACCAGUUUCGCAAGCGGAAGUGAAUCAGUGCUGCUCCGUUCCUUCGGACGAAAAUAGAAGUGUACUUCGGAAGGACGAGACGGCCCGAGAGAGAGAGAGAGAGAGAGGCAGAAAGUGAAAUACAGAGACAGAGCGAGAAAGAAAAACCGUCGAUCUUGACCGCGGUCAAGUCCAGUGGCGCUUCGAGCGGUCCACGUGCGCGGUAUACAGGUUGCCAGAUGCGUCCUGACGGCCGGAAGUCAGGCGGGAUCGUGUUGUGACGGAGUGAACGCGGAGGAUGCUUGACUCGCGGGCGGCGAGGGUGCUGGUGGAUGACGACGACGACGUGAUCGCACCGGCAUCGCGCGUCAUCCUUAGCAACCAGAUCGACUAUCCUACCACGGCGAUUCUCCAUUGAGAGCUGGCUUAUUCUGCGGUGGAUUUAGGGGGCUGUAUGGAGGCCGGGGGGCUUCUGCCCCGUCAGCCCGCGCAAGGCCCCCCCGGCGUCGCCCCCGGCACGAUCAACGUGUGCGCGGGCCAGGGCCCGAACGGGCACGCUGGCAACGUACCUGCGGCAGCGAUACACGACCUCAACGCGGCGGCGGUAGCGGCGGCGGCGGCGGCGGCCGGUCAGCUGGGCAUUACCAGUCAGCAGCAAUUGCACUUGCAACAACAGCAGCACUUGCAGCAACAGCAUCAGCAGCAGCAGCAGCAGCAACAGCAGCAGCAAAUGGGCCAGGCACCCGGUAUGGGUGACGUGAUCACCCCGAAGAGGCAAGCGGUCGUGGACCGUCUGCGACGAAGGAUCGAGGGCUACCGGCGCAGGCAGACCGACUGCAUCCCCAGGUUCGAUCAAAGCUUCAACGGCCUGUGCGAGCAGAAUAUACAGGACACUCUGAUGCUGAAGCAGCGCUUCCUCGAGAGCAAGGCGAAGCGGCAGGCGAAGAAGACGGACAAGAAGCAGAGCGACCCGGUCGGCCUCUCCAGCGUUCACGUGGUGAGUACUCGCAAUAAUGGAAUUAUGAUGUGCUUUUGUGUCCCGUCCUGAUAUACGAUCGUAGGAUCAAUGUGAGUAAACAAUGAAACCUGCACGUGAUCGUGGGCAGAAAGGUUGUUCGCAAUUUCUUUCGCGAGUUUUCGGACUCAUCCGUUUUGCGCGAGGACCAAAUUCUCCCUUUAGAAGGAGGGAGAAAUUCUGCCAUUGGACUAACCAUUUCGAAAUUCGUACGUAAAAUUAACGGACAUCUUUCUGUCCACCGCACAGAGCAAUGUUGGCAAGUCUGAGCGCGUUAGCGAAAUGUCAAUUACUUUAGUAUCUCGCGAAUAUUAUAAUCUCAAGUAUUUGUAAUUUACGUAACAGGCAAGAGAGUAUAUAUAUAUAUAUACAUAAUGAUAACGCGAAUGCAGCGAAUCCGACCGGCCGAUCGGCGGCGACUCGCGUCUCCCGCUUCGCGACAACAGCAUACACACGCGAACGCGUGUACGUGAUAACAUUUAUGCAACAUCGCGGCUGCUCGAAACACAAGUGGCGCAAAAACGAUUACGUCGCAUGAUUAGAUAACGUACAUGCGAAACGAGCGGUUAUUACUUACAGUCGGAUGGCACGUACCUUAAACAAGCGCGCCCGAGUUUUCUUUAUGCGGGCAGUGCGAUCUAUCGGGAGGGGGCGGGGAGGGCAGUUCUCUCUCGUACAGGAGGCAAGCAAUCCAAUUAACCGACUAGAUACGAGCCCACCUCUAAUUACGGUAUAAUCACCACCAGAUGAAUCGACCUAAUUAAUUAACCCGCCGUCACAAACUGUCACUAGCUAGCCAGCUCUCAUGAAUGAUAUGUAAACACAAUUUAAUCCCGCUUAAUUCCCCGUCGCUUUCACCGGCAGAACAAUCAGCCGGAACUAUCCAUCUUACAUCAGCGCGAAAUCAUUCGUACUCGCGACGGUCUCGUCCGAGUGGUGUCUCAGACACGUUCCGAGACGUGCGUUUUCACGCAGAUAAACGCGGGCAAUCGUCCUCCGAUUCCGAGCUCGCUCUGAUCGCGAGCAGUCGCGUUAUUUGCGCCGGCGGAUUGACCGGCAAAUGCGAGAUUAACGCAUUAAACAGCUCCAAGUAUCGCGCUGCGCGCGCGGUUCUGCGUGGAUGAGGGGAAAAGCGUACGUAGCAUUCACGACUAGCCUGAAUGACAGCCACUGGCGAGCAGGAGGCAGCUGAGCGGACAAAGAGCGAACGGUUAUUGCAGGACGACAGUGCAGACUCGACGCCGGCACACCGGUGAAGCCCCUCUUCCUUCUGUUUCGCUCCUCGUUCCGCAACCUCUCUCUCGCUCUU